AUGAAAGAGAAGGAUCUUCUUUACCAUAAAAUACUUGCUCGUAGCUUUAGCAAAGACAAACAGAAGAGACUUGGCUAUGGAGCUUUCAUUGCCUCACUUUUCUUCGUCAUCACUCUUUGCACCAUCUUUAAACCUUGUCUCAGCCCAUUACCAACCAGGGAUACACAACUUUCAGUGGACACUAGUCUAAGGAUGCUGAGAGUAACAGAAACGCAUAAACCGCAACCGUUUAACAGCAACUAUACAACAUCUCGAGUUUCUGAGAGUCUCAUUAUCCCGACGACUGAAAGUAACAUUACAUCAAAUGCAACAAAUACGCAGAGCUUAACCAGUUCUAAAGAUGACAAGCUUAGUGUUUGCAGCGACACAAGCUUACCCAAGAAUCGUCUUGAUACGUUUAACUGUACAACACCCACUUCAAUCUCCAAUGAACAAUCUAUUUCAGACGGUAACAAAAUAGAGGAAACGGUAAAAUGUAAGAGGCAAUCAAGAACUGAGAUAUGCGAGUUAAACGGCGACGUAAGGGUCCACGGUAAAUCCGCGACGAUUAUUGCGGCGAUAACGUCUGCGUAUUCGGGAAACUCCACGUGGCAUAUGAGACCUUACGCGCGAAAAGGUGACCCUGGGGCCAUGAAUUACGUUAGAGAGUGGACGGUGAAACUAACACAAAACGCUGAUCAGUUAGAGAACGCUAAUUUUUCAUCGCGUUGCGUUAGGAAUCACAGCGUUCCGGCAAUGAUUUUCUCUGUGGGAGGCUACGCGAUGAACAACUUCCACGCUUUCACCGACAUCGUGGUUCCUCUUUUCACGACGGCGCGUAGAUUCAACGGUGAAGUUCAGUUCCUCAUGACGAACAAGAAUCAAGCGUGGAUCAACAAGUUCAAGGAUAUUUUGAAGAGUCUCUCAAAUUACGAACUGAUUUACAUAGACAGUGAAGAAGAAACGCACUGUUUCAACACCGUCGUCAUCGGUCUCAAACGCCAUCCAGAGUACUUCAAAGAGCUGACGAUCGAUCCUUCCUAUUCGGAAUAUUCCAUGUCCGAUUUCAGGAGGUUCCUAAGAGACGCAUACUCUCUGAGAAACGCCGCCGUGACUACUGGAGAGAGUCUACAGCGAAGGCCACGGAUUCUGAUUCUUUCGAGAGCCAGAACGCGAGCGUUCACGAACGCCGACGAGAUCGCGAACGCGGCUGGAGAAAUCGGAUUCGAGGCCGUGGUGGCGGAAGCGAACACAGGCCUUGCGCAUUUCGCGGAGACAGUGAACUCGUGCGACGUGAUGCUUGGCGUUCACGGAGCCGGGCUUACGAACAUGGUGUUCUUGCCGGAGAAAGCGGUGGUGAUUCAGAUUCUUCCGCUUGGUGGAUACGAGUGGCUGGCGGAUACGGACUUUCGAAGGCCGGCGAAAGGGAUGAGUCUGAGGUAUUUGGAGUACAAGAUCGAGGCGGAGGAGAGCUCGCUUGUGCAGAAGUAUGGACGCGAUCACGAGAUCGUUAGAGAUCCAUUGGCGAAACGCGGGUGGAUGGCUUUCAAGGCGACCUAUUUGGUACAGAAUGUGACCGUUGAUAUAAACCGGUUCAAGCCGGUUCUUUCCAAAGCUUUUGAGUUAUUGCAGAAGUAG